UAUGCCGGAAAGAGAAUUAUCUUCAGACAAUAAACAAAGUGAGAUUGUAACAAAUCUUGAAAAUUUAAAAUAUAUGCUUGAUAUAUGUCUCAGAAAAAGAUGUAAAGCUUUAUGGUUCACUCAGGCAGAUUCUCGUAAAAACCCUUUAGGAUUUAUGUAG